AUUCUGGAACUGUUGGGGGUGGAGUGUUUGGUGGAAGCAAAGAUAAAGCAACACUACAGUAUCGUAGAGCGCGAGGCUGCAACUAUUGUUGAGAAUUGGGAAAGAAACAGAGUAAGAGAUGGAAGGAGAGUCUCAUGCGAUUAAGAAGAGAGUCUUGGUGACGUUCGAUGUCGAUGGAACUUUAAUGCGUAGUACGGGUCCCUCAUCAAAUCGACUGCACCGCCGAGCUUUCUCUCACGCUUUCCUCGACGUUUUUGGCAUCGAAGGAACCAUUGACGUGAUUGAGCAUCAUGGACAAACUGAUCCUGCAGUGAUUGUGAAUACACUCGUGCACUACGGCAUACCAUCUGAAGUGGCUUCUGAAAAAUUGCCUGUUCUAAAGUCAAGAAUGGUAGAGUAUGCUCUGGAGCAUGCCAAAGAUGUUGGAGAGGGUCUUGAGGUGCUUCCUGGAAUCGAAUCGCUCCUUCAAGCAUUGGCAUCUAACGAAAAUGUUGCCAUAGGUUUGGUCACGGGUAAUUUGGAAGAGAUUGCAUGGAUGAAGAUGGAAGGUUUGGGUAUCAAAAAAUACUUCACAGCCCCUUAUUUCGGAGGCUUUGGAAGCGACCACAUUGAUCGAGGAAACCUUGUAAGGAUUGCAGCAGAGAGGGCCGAGAAGCUUUUCCCUGGGGAAUUUGACCUGCGGGUUCAUGUUGGAGACACGCCAAAUGAUAUUCGUGCUGGUGAGUUUGGAGGUGCCCUGGCAGUAGGAGUUUGUACAGGUGUAUUUAAUAAAGAGCAGCUGGAACAGGUGAGCACUGGAGGUGCAGUCAUUCUUGCAGAUCUUUGUGACAUUGAAGGCUUCAUGAGGUUGCUUGGCAUCCAAGGUUAAAGCUUAUUUACUGGUAUUCCUUCUAUGGGGAAAAUGAAGUAAUGACCCUCAUUCACAAAUUAUGACAUUCCGGCUUCAAUCCAUUUGCUCUGUACAAAAGACUAUUAUUAUAAGUUGUUUCAUGGCUUAGUGAUAGUUUUGGAACCAUUUAGAA